AUGGCUGCGACACUGCAGGUCCUGGCUUGCCUGGUGGGAGUCCUUUGUCUCAGCAACCCAGCAACCCAGCAUCAUGCAGGGCAGCCCUUGGACAGCGCCAGCGUGGGAGGUAGCCUGCAGGAGCCAGAGGCCCCGGAAGUGAUGUUCGAGCUGCUCUGGGCUGGGCUGGAGCUGGAUGUCAUGGGGCAGCUGCACAUCCAGGACGAGGAGCUAGCGUCCACACACCCAGGCCGCCGACUCAGGCUCCUCCUGCAGCACCACGUGCCCAGGGACCUGAAGGGUGCUGAGCAGCAGCUGCAGCAGCUCCAAGACCUGCGGAAAGGGCCUCCUCUUAGCACUUGGGACUUUGAGCACCUGCUCCUCACAGGCUUGUCCUGCAUCUACCGGCUCCACGCGGCUAGUGAGGCUGAGGAGAGGGGUCUUUGGGCCCGGGUCUUCACACUCCUGGCACAGGAGACACUCUGGGACCUGUGCAAGGGUUUCUGCUCUCAGGACCAGCCCCCUUCGCUGGAGCCCUGGGCCUCCAUCCCUGACCCCUUCCCCUGA